ACCACUUUAACCUUUGACGCGCCCUCGACGCGUCUUUAGCUCUCAACCUCCUUUUUGAUGCGCCCCUCCUUGACAAGCGUCCCGCCCAGAAUCUUUCCCUCACGCUCUGUUUUUGACUUCUUGCUUCAUUCCCAGUUGUGACUCGACACUGCUACUCUCUCCUUCGCAAUGGAUCGCCAAUCGGUGUUUUCCACUCAUCUUUAUAACCCAACCUUUGCCCAGACCGAGGACACAAAUCUCCAGGUCCAGGCCCAGUUGGAAGCGUUUAUUCUUGAUUUCAGACUGGACAAUGCCUUCAUCUACAGAGACCAGCUGCGCGAGAAUGCGCUUCUCAAGAAGUUCUACUGCGAUGUCAACAUCGGCGACCUCAUCAAGUUCAACGAAGAGCUGGCACAUCGCCUGACGAACGAACCCGCAGAAAUCAUUCCUCUAUUCGAAGGUGCCUUGAAGAGAUGCACGCACAGAAUCGUCUUCCCCCACGAAACGAAAGUCGACCUUCCCGACCACCAACUUCUUUUGCACUCGAGUGCCGAAGAUGUAUCGAUUAGGAACUUGGACUCCUUGACCAUCUCUCGGCUGGUCAGAGUGCCGGGAAUCGUCAUCGGCGCCUCCGUCAUGUCGUCAAAGGCCACGGACCUGCAGAUCCAGUGCCGGAAUUGCGGCCACCAGCAGCAUAUGCACGUUUCUGGCGGAUUUUCAGGAGUAUCACUCCCGAGGCUGUGUGGCAGAAUACGAGUACAAAAUGACCCGACUGCAAAAUGUCCGCUCGACCCUUACUUCGUCAUGCAUGAGAAGUCGGCGUUUGUAGACCAGCAGAUCAUCAAGCUCCAAGAGGCGCCCGACCAAGUCCCCGUCGGAGAGCUUCCAAGGCACGUGCUCAUCUCUGCGGACCGCUACCUUACGAACCGCGUGGUGCCAGGAUCCAGAUGCACUGUCAUGGGGAUUUUCUCCAUCUACCAAAACAAGGGCUCCAAGAACUCGACUUCUAGUGCCGUGGCCAUUAGAACACCUUAUCUGCGUGCCGUGGGGAUCCGGACUGAUAUCGAUCAGACUGCGAAAGGCCAGGCCAUCUUCUCCGAAGAGGAGGAGCAGGAGUUCCUUGAGCUCAGCAGGCGUCCUGACCUCUACAGUGUCAUGGCCGACUGCAUCGCGCCAUCCAUCUACGGGAACAGAGACAUCAAGAAGGCGAUAUUAUGUCUCUUGCUUGGUGGGUCGAAAAAGAUCCUCCCGGAUGGCAUGAGGCUUCGAGGAGAUAUCAACGUCCUGAUGCUCGGAGACCCUGGUACCGCCAAGUCUCAACUGCUGAAGUUCGUCGAAAAGGCUGCGCCGAUUGCCAUCUAUACCUCUGGCAAGGGCUCAUCGGCGGCUGGUUUGACAGCCUCAGUCCAGCGGGACCAUUCGACACGGGAGUUCUAUCUCGAAGGGGGUGCUAUGGUCCUUGCCGACGGCGGUGUUGUCUGUAUCGACGAGUUCGACAAGAUGCGGGAUGAGGACCGUGUUGCCAUCCACGAAGCCAUGGAACAGCAGACUAUCUCUAUUGCAAAGGCCGGCAUCACCACGAUUCUCAACGCGAGAACCUCGGUUCUUGCGGCGGCCAAUCCCAUCUUUGGCCGUUACGAUGAUAUGAAGACCCCCGGCGAGAAUAUCGACUUCCAGACCACAAUCCUGUCACGUUUCGACAUGAUCUUUAUUGUCAAGGACGGGCAUGAUCGGGCCAAAGAUGAGCGGAUGGCCAAGCACGUCAUGGGCAUCCACAUGGGUGGACGUGGCGUAGAGGAGCAGGUAGAGUCGGAGAUCCCGGUAGAGAAGAUGAGACGAUACUUUAGCUACUGCAAGUCCCGAUGCGCCCCACGUCUCAGCGAAGCCGCGGCGGAGAAGCUCUCGUCGCACUUUGUGUCCAUCCGCAAGCAGGUGCACGCGUCCGAGAUUGAGGCCAACGCGCGGUCGUCGAUCCCCAUCACGGUGCGCCAGCUCGAGGCCAUUGUGCGCAUCACCGAAUCCCUGGCGAAGCUGACGCUGUCGCCGGUGGCCAACGAGCACCACGUUGACGAGGCCAUCCGGCUCUUCCUCUGCUCGACCAUGGACGCCGUCAACCAGGGCAGCAACCAGGGCGGCCGCGAGCUCAACGAGGAGGUCGGCCGCGUCGAGUCGGAGCUCCGCCGCCGCCUGCCCAUCGGCUGGAGCACCAGCCUCGCCACGCUGCGCCGCGAGCUCGUCGAGGGCAAGGGAUUCAGCGAGCAGGCGCUCAACAGGGCGCUGAUGAUCCUGCAGAGGAGGGACACCAUCAUGUUCAGGAACCAGGGGGCCCAGGUGUACAGGAAUGGUGCAUGAGUUAUUGGACGAACCGGGACUGGAACUGGGACUUGGAAGAAAGGGGGGUUAACUAAUUACUACGGGUUUGCUGCCGGCGUUGGGGGUUUCCGAUGAUGGGGUGAUUUGACGAUAUGAGGCAAGGCAGAGACAUGCGCAAAAUGAAGGCAAUUGUAUGUACACGGCAGGGAAUCACUGUCAAGAAUUCAUUAUAGUGGAUGAAUAGGUUUUCAGAUUUGCGACUUUGCGAAAUGGGGUACUUGGGUAAUCUAUAAACACGAGUAGAUGGGUGCAAGACUCUUGUCAUCGAAGCCAAUUACGGGAAACGAUAAGACUCGGGAGACUGCAAUAAAUUCAUAAGAG